GCUGAGUGCUUGUGAGCGCAGCUCGCGCUACCGCUCCCGAUCCCGGAGCGAUGGGAAAACUGCAGGAGUUCAGCAUCGCCUUCACCAACAACAAAGUGGUGUACAGCCCCGGAGAGUCCAUCUCAGGAAGCGUGAGAGUGACCACCGCGAGCGCGCUACAGUUCAAGGCCAUCAAGGUAAACUGUGUGGGAUCAUGUGGCAUCUCCAGCAAAAUGAACGACGCGUCGUGGAUGGCGGAGGAGCAGUAUGUCAGCAGCAUGCUCUCCGUGGCAGACAAAGGUACCCUGCCACCUGGAGAGCACACCUUCUCUUUUCAGUUUCUCAUUCCAGCACAUGCUCCCACUUCCUUUGAGGGCCCAUUUGGGAAGGUCAUAUACAGAAUCAGGGCUGUAAUAGACACGCCACGCUUCUCUAAGGACUACAAGACCCAGAGACCCUUCUACCUACUCAACAUGCUGAACCUCAAUGAGGUGCCUGAUAUACAGCAACCCAGCUCUGCUGUGACAACUAAGAAGUUCACCUACCUCCUAGUGAAGACAGGCACACUCAUGCUGAAGGCUUGCAGCGACCUGAGAGGAUACACUUCAGGACAAAUCAUCAAACUCUCCACUGAAAUCCACAACAAAUCUGGAAAAGACACUGGAUAUGUGAUAGCUAGCCUCAUACAGAAAGUGACCUAUAAAACCAAGCGGCCGAUGUUCGACUUGCGUACCAUAGCAGAGGUGGAAGGUGCAGGUGUGAAGGCAGGUAAACAUGCAGAAUGGAGAGAGCAGAUCAUUGUUCCUCCACUCCCUCAGUCUGGCCUUGCUGGCUGCAGCCUCAUAGACAUCGACUACUUCAUCCAGGUUUCACUAAAGUCUCCUGAGACAGUGGUCACUCUGCCCAUCUACAUUGGAAACGUUGCUGUCAACAUGACUCCCUCAAGGCCGCCUCCACCAAACCCUCUUCAGCACACUCCUUUGCCCGCCAUGCAGAGUCUCGGCCCUGUACCGGUGGUCCCGAGUGCUCCGCCUGCUGAAGAUGACCUGGAGGGAGAGCAGGGUGCAGGAGGACUGGCCAGUGAGGAGAUUCCUACCAAGAGCCACUCCCAGCAGAACCCAUCAGGCCAGGCUCCCACCAUGUCCCCCAGCGCAUUCAGUCAUGCCCCCAGCCAAGCGCUUCCUCAGACUCAGCACGCUCAGUCAGCAGAGAGCUCUGCACCGCUGUUCUGUGUCUCCACAGGGGCCACCAUCCCCUUUUUCACUGACGGCAAUGCCACUCCUGUGCCCACCACCUGCCCUCUCAUUCUGCCUCCUGAGUACAGCAGCUGGGAAUACCCACAUGAACCACCUCCUACUUAUGAGGAAAGCUGCAGCAGCAACAACUCCAGCUUCAACACCAGCUUCAACACCAGCAUGACGUAGAUGAGCCCAAAUGCUGGAAAAUGCAAGUCCCUCCCCCUGCUGGACACUGUAGGCAUUGCUACCCCACAUUUUACCAAAUCUAAACGUUUAAAAGGGAUCUGUUUGUGUUCAUUUGAUUUAUAUCACCAGUAUUCCUUGCUCCUCAAUGUGGAGAAAACGACCCUGGACCAAAACAGGGAAUGAGUUUAUCAGUGCCUAAUUAUGGUAGCACUCCUGAACAAUGAAAUCUUCUGCAUUUAUAUGAAAGGAAAUACCAGCAUCUGUGAUGCCUUGAAAUGAAAGUUAUACACGGAAUCUGUCUUUCACGUAGCCAAGGCUGACCUUCUGUGAAGCUUGCUUCUAAACACAGGCUUAGAAAAAUCCACAUGACAGCUUCUGUUGGACUGACACAGCUUUAAAACAGAACCGUGGUCGCUCUGAGAAGUUGAUCUGAACUCUUAGAGGAACAUUCGAUCAGGCCAUCGUAGCGUCAGUCUGCAGAAGGAAUGUUCUGGAAGGACUGAUUAUUAAUAGGUUACCAUCAUCACAGUUACAGGAAGUCAUGGUACAUGUCAUCCUUCUCAUCACUGAGCUGGUAUGAGAUCUGUUCUGGACUCUGCUUUGGCCUACCACUAACAGUAUAGUGGGUCAUUCUGAGCUUGUUUACACCUUGAAUUAACAUGUGUUUCAUGUCCUGAUUGUAUCUGAAUAUACUUUGGCCAAAUUACGUUUAUCAAGAUCUCUCCCUGACCACCUUCCGAAUGCGGUGUGAGUGAUCCGAAUGACACCUGGCUUUUCAUGCGGUUCAGUUGAAUCUGAAAACGCCCGUUGAUGUAAGGUGUAAACAGCCUCUCUUGGUACUGAAGGCACCUUAAGGUGAAGAAAAGGUUGGAUAGACCGAUAGAUGGAGGGCGGAGCAGCUCUUGCUACAUUUCUACAUUUCUACCUUGGACAUUGACCGCUUGCAUAUGUUGCUCCCUGAAGAUUUUAGGAACACGUUGCUUAUCCCAUAGUUAUUAUUACAUUCAGUAGAUUUAAUUAAUUCCUUAAAAAAUUAUCUGUUAAAAUAUAAAAGAUUUAAAAGGAAGACAUGGAGAUUGGAGUGAACUGUAAUGAAUUUGUGUAACACUUUAAUUGAACCCUGCUACAUAAGGUUGACAUAACCAUGCCAUAAACAUAUCAUGGCAGAUGUCUUGUCAUAUGCUGUUAUGAGUUUUUCUAACAGAUAAUGUCCAGUAUUAGAGUCAUACAACAGGCACAAUCUGAUUAGUUGAGAUGCGUUUUCACAAUAUUAUUCCACUGAACUGCAGUCGUUAAGUAAUGAAUGCUUUGCAGCCACUGUACAUUUCUCCUGCGUAUAAGCACUGAAAAUGACACCCGUUGGAUAUGCAACUUUCUCUCCUUGAAUUGUCAAGAAAUAAACGUUCAACAAUGAUUAAACCUACAUUUUCUCACCCCAGAGAAGACAGAAAACAAACUGCAACCAAAUAUAUUUCAAAAAUGUUUAGUUUCGCUGAACAUAAUGGUUUAAAAAAAAGCAGAUCACUGAUACUUUAGUCACUUAGUCAAAGCUUUAUUUAAUGCAUUUAGCCCAUUUAAUGAGAAAUCGAGGAGAAAAAUUCAAAUAUCCAGUGAAUUAUGUAUAUAAAACCAAAUUAACCGCACUGUCAGUAAUGCAAAAGGAUGCUACUUUUUUAGUGGAAGGAACUGCCAAUUUUAAAGCACAGUUGAUAUAAUAUUCAGGGCUUCUUUGUCUUACUUUUUUGGUUUGUUUCGCAGAACUGUUGAAAAACAGCAAUAGAACACUGGAGGUUAUGUGUUAUCAUGAAUAACAUCAAGAUCAUGAUAUUAUUUAGUUGUAGAUCAUCACAGCUGUAACCCACUUGUAUUCUAUUGUUUAAAUAUAACAGUGUUACAUUACCUUUACUGUUAACGUCUGUUAUCGUCAUAACAGGUGUUAUAAUGUGUAUCGUCAUAACAACCAGGUAAUGGUAACAAGACCUGUUAUAUUAUUGAACAAACUGAUGAUGGCUCAUGACAGCAUGUAACAUCUGCCAUGACAUGUUCGUGGCAUGACUAUGUCAGUGUGUUACCUGAUUCUGUUCAGAGUUCUGGGUUCGGCUGUGUCACGACGCUCUGCACGUAUUCUGAACUCUUGAAGCACCCAGACAGUGAGUGAGUGUGUGGGGUUAAGUUGUGAUUAGUGUCCUACUGACUGACUGUGCUGAUAUGUUCAUUAUCUGGUCAAGAACCGUUUCCUUAGCUGGAAUUGAAUGCAUGGGAAUCCACUGAAAUUUGAUGCAACUCCCAAACGUAUAUACAUUAUUAUGUUUAUUUAUUUUAUUUCCAAUCGAACCACAAUUAAUGGAGGUAUAAAAUGAAUUCCCCAGUUGAGGCCUUAUACUAUGAUUGCUGUGUACAACUUUGACAGUGUUCCUCCUGUAUUUUAAGUAUCAUAAAUUCAGACCCUUGAACUGUUCUUUUAUUAACUAUUAGAAUUAUUGAAGCACAAAACGGCACUUUUUAACAGAAUUUUUUGUCAGUGUGUGUAGAUUUGACUGUGUAUGUGUGAGUCAGAGAGACCCCACCCUUCUUCCCAAACUCCACUGAAUGUAGUAAUAGCUGUAGAUUCACUUCAGCCUUUACUGUGAUUUUCUUUAUAGUAGCGGCCCUUCUUAUUCAUGUUCAAUAGACAUUUUUAUUCUCAUGCAAACUCAUAUAUAAACUUGUAUAUGUCAUGUUUCAAUCUGUUCUGAAUAUUUAGUCUGAAAUGUUACUCAUCACUAUCCUGGUAUAUCCGUGCAUCUCAUUUUGGAUCACCGUGUGCAGCGUUUUUACUCUACAGUGUUCAGUACUGUGAGAGAACAGUACUGUCUCGUUCAAAAAUAAAACAUAUUUCAUGGCAUAGAAGCAAAACUUCUUUAAUGGUGCAGACAAACUUCUCACUGUUCUCUGAUCAUCUUCCAAAGAGAAUCACUGUGUUGUACUGAAGCAUUUGCUCAUAAUGUGACAAAAUACAGAAUUUUAAUGUUAGCAAAUAUAGAGGGUGGACAACAGCAUGAAAAAGAGCAGUGACUAAAGGCGUUCUCAGAGUGUCCCAUCUCUGUUACAAACACGGAAAGUAACACUUCAAGUUGUAAAGCAUUCUAUGUCUUACAAAUUCAGAUUAGUACAGUGUUCAAACAGCAGUGGUGCCAAACAUGAACUUAAAGGGACGUUUAAUAGGUUUAAUGUACUGUUUCUAAUGCUUAUCUCCCCUAGUCUCGUUGAUUUGACAGAAUUCUUUUUGUGUUUUCGUCCAUCAGUGUUCUCUCACUACAAUACCCAGCAUGCAUUGCAUACAAACAUGUCAUACAGUCACUGGUGAUCAGGGGCCGCAUUCACAAACGUAUCUUAAGAAAGAAAAUCUUCUUAAAUAUGUGUUUUUUCUUAAAUUCAUUCUUAAGAAAAAAAAGUUAUGAGAAAUUGUUAUUCUUUGAUUAACAUCUUUAGAAUUCUCUUAUUUUCUUUUUUCUUAACUAUUUUCUUAAGAAUACUUCUAAGAACAAGUGGUAUUCUUGACAACAUUAUGUUCUUAAAUGUGUUCUUCACACUUGUCUUAUCACUGAUGCUGCCUCUGCUGCUCCUGCCCGUCUUCGUCCAUCACCCCACAAUUAUCAUAUUUUCCAAGGAGGCUGUUUUUUUCCACCAUCACGUCUAGUUGUUGUUUGCUAAAUUUUUUUAAACACUAUGUUUUUCCUCCAUUUUGCUUCUCUGAGUGGAUUAAACUAAAUAACAGAAGUAUAAAUACAAAUUCAAAAUCUAUCUCAUUGAUGGUACAUGGUAAAAUGCAGCAUAGCCGACAUGAGCAAACAAUGACGAUUUUCAUAAGAAAAUCUAAAGAAAAUAAUUAAGAUUAUCUUGAGAAUAUUUGAGAACCUUUUGAGUUUAUUUAAGAAUUGCGUUUAAGAACAUUCUUAUGAACUUCUUAGUUUUUGUCUCAAGAAUGUUUGCAAGUUUUUCCUUAAGAAAGCUUCUGUGAAUCCAGCCCCAGGCCUGUACACAGACAUUUGGAGGGCAGCCUGAAUGUACAUAACCCUUAAUAACAUAAAUUACAGUACAUAGCAGGUACGUUUAACUUUAAUAGGGAGACAUUUUGAUUCAGAGGAAGGCAAACAUACUGUUAGAAAUCUUACAGCCAUCCUAACACUCCUCAGAGUGGGAACUGAACACCAAACUUGACCAUACAGGUCAAAUAUGUGAUCCACUGCACUACAUACCCAAAUUAGUGAUUCUAACUCUCUUUAAGCAGGUGGUCUUUCCACAGUGCCUCACAUAAAGCUGGGUUUUUGUACAAUAGCUCAUUAUGUUAUUAGCGCCCCUAAUUGUCUAACUCCCAGAGGGGGCACCAAUGAGCGAUGAAACUCAUGGGAUCCAAGCUGACCCACGAGCUCUGUCCCCAGAAUGAGGCCAUAAAUGAUGCCGGUGACUAUGUACUAUGCACUAUGACCAAGAGGGGUGCAGUCUAGGGGCAAAAGGGUAGGGGCUCAAGCGCCUCAUGAUUUUUAUUUUUUUGUGUUGGCUAUAACUACCUAGCUUCUGUCAGUAUUAGCAAGCUAGCAGGAAAAAAAAAAACAAAUAAACACACACAAACAAAACAACUCACACUUUUAUUAUCCACCCCAAAGCAGUUGCAGUUUUUCAAAAGAACCUCCCAGAUGUCUGAUGAAAACAUCAUCAGUCCUAGUCUUUGAACUAGAGCAUCUCGCUCUACUACGACUGUGGCAAUGAUGUGAAUAGGCAUGUUUACAGCAGAUGUAGUGAUGUUUAAAGUUUUCAUUUUGGACAUAGUGCCCUUUUAAUGUGUAGCAACACAGUAUUCACACACAUCAGCACAUUCAGUGUAAACCUUCCAAAGUCAGUCUAAAACAAAACUGUGCUUAAGGCUGGAAUGUAUGACAGGUCUUCCAUUUCAGCGUUAAAUAUAUUAGUGUAACAAGCACAAACUAGACUUUGGAACACUAAGACAAAGUAAUGUGGUGAGACAACAUUUACAUCUGCGUAGUUCUUGGUGUUUUCAUUAUUUUGUCCACCCUCUGUAUCAGCAUGGUUGGGAACAUACAUCAGUACCACUCGAUUUACAACAACAACAUGCCUUAAAUAUGAAUACAGUACUUAAUCUAGUCCUAGCAACUCUGCUAAAGGCAGAAAGGAUGGAUGCUAUUCGUUUGAUCUCAGUAAGGAAUCCUCCACACAUUACUCUGAAAGAAAGAAUUACUCGAAUGUGGAAUCUGCAGUAAAGUUGUUUCAUCUUGGGUUCAAACUGACACACUGGAUGAUUUGGCUGUCAUGCUUUACUUUUCACCACCAAAGGUUCUACAGCUUUAUGACUUUUCUUUGUUUGUCAUCGUGUUUUACUCUUCGUUGAUUAUGGGUGGCCUGUGGUUUUGUAUUUUUCUAUUGGAAGCAGUGAUUAUGUGCAUAUGGUCUUAUCUUUCGAGAAAUGUUAUCGCCUGAUGCUUGUUAGCAGGUUUUGGAAUACAGUAGCACCACUGUGGUUCAAUGUAAUAAAAAAAGAAUCAAAAAUGUACAGUGUACUAAUAAAAUCUCAUCAACUUCUAUCACUUUA